AUGACGAAGGGACAUGAAAAAUAUACCGCGUCGUUUAAGAACAAUGUUUUACAAGAAUAUCGUCGUGGAAUUCAUGGGUAUGGAUUCGAAUCCUUAGCAAAACGCUUUAAAAUAAAGGGUGGUCAUACACUGAUCGCACAGUGGUAUCGUCAAUGGGACGGCACAAUUGGAUCUUUGGAACGGAAAUUAGAAGGUGGUCGGUCGCGCUCAAUGACAAAACAAGAAGUAACGCUUGAUCCUGGAUAUUGGAUGGAGAUCGCGAAUUUUCGAAGGUUCUUACAGCGCAUUGGAAAUGAUAGGUUGAUAUUCUUCGAUGAAACAGCUGUUUAUUGUACCAUGUACCCCCGUCGAACCCUUGUCACUCCAGGACAACAGGCUUUGAUUAUCGUUGACAAACCAUCGGCUUACGCUUCACGUUAUGACCUGAUUGGUGCGAUCAUUGGGUCACAACCAAUUACUUGCAUGGUUCUAACACCAGAUGAUCGAAAGGAAAAAGAUAUCAAAGGUGUCCGAAAACACAUUGUGAACGACUGGAUUUUGAAAAAAUUAGCACCGGCAAUCAACCGACUGGCUAUUGACAAUGUAUAUCUGAUAUGCGAUAAGAGUCGAGCUCAUAACAAACUAGAUAUGAUGCAGGCUUUUAAAGACGCUAAUUGUCCAUCGGUGAUCGGGAUCCGUUAUAUACCAACUGCAUCAGCAAAGUACAUAUCUCCAUUGGAUAAUCCAAUAUGGCAUUCUCUCAAAGAAACUCUUCGCGGACUUCACCCGAUCACUGCGAGUAACCUUCCGAAGCUACUUUCAAAAACUUUCUUUUCAUUGUCACGCACGGAAAUCAGAGGCGCUUAUCGAAAGUGCGCCAUCUCAUAUGGAGCUGACGUUUUCUACGACUAACCUGAUCGAUAAACAAGUCAUUUCUUUCAAUAUAACUUAGAUACAUUAUCGAAUGUGGCGAAAAAAAAUCAUCUUUUUUCUCCAUGUUGUGUCCAGCGUCCAAUUUUGAUCGGAUAUACCUGUGUUGUAUACCAUUCGAUGCGGUCGAGGCUGCUCUUUCUUUCUAUACAUCGCUCUCUCAUAGGAACCAAACUAUACUAGAGUAACGUCAAAAAU